CACAUGACUCGGGCACACCCCCUUCUGCUAAGAUACGCCUCUCCGGGUACAUUUUGUUCCUCUGCAGAGUCGAAGCUGCGUCAUUCGGAGAUUGAAUAGCUUGAGACUUUGUUUCAGAAUAUUACAAAUAUGAGUGGUUGCAGAGUCUUCAUUGGUCGGCUGAACCCAGCUGCCAGAGAAAAAGAUGUGGAAAGGUUUUUCAAGGGUUAUGGAAGAAUCAGAGACAUUGAUCUGAAGAGAGGCUUUGGAUUUGUGGAGUUUGAAGAUCCACGAGAUGCAGAUGAUGCGGUUUAUGAACUUGAUGGAAAAGAACUGUGCAAUGAAAGGGUUACAAUUGAGCAUGCCCGCCUGCGUUCCAGAGGAGGUGGACGAGGAGGAGGAGGGGGUAUUGGUCGUGGAAGAUAUUCUGAUAGAUUUAGUAGUCGUCGCCCACGUAAUGAAAGAAGUGCUCCACCAAUAAGGACUGAAAAUCGUCUUAUAGUAGAAAAUUUGUCGUCAAGAGUCAGCUGGCAGGACUUGAAAGACUUCAUGAGACAAGCUGGAGAAGUAACUUUUGCUGAUGCGCACAGACCAAAGCUCAAUGAAGGGGUUGUGGAGUUUGCAUCUUACAGUGAUCUCAAAAAUGCCAUUGAGAAACUAUCUGGCAAGGAAAUAAAUGGAAGAAAGAUCAGACUGAUUGAAGGAAAUAAGAGGCACAGCAGCAGGUCAAGAAGCCGAUCACGUAGCAGAAGCUCAUCUAGGUCUCGCAGCCGAUCCCGCUCCAGGAGCAGGAAGUCCUACAGCCGCUCUCGUAGCCGCAGUCGUACCCCUCACAGCAAUCGCAGUAACCGCAGCAAAUCAAGAUCUGUCAGUAGGUCUCCCGUUCAAGACAAAUCUCUAAAGCCUAUUGCUGCAUCUCGGAGUCCAUCCAAAUCCCCUCCUGCCGAACGGCAAAGGUCUCGGUCGAGGUCCAGGUCUAGGUCCAGAUCCCGAUCCAGAUCUGUUGAUAGCAGAAACUGAACUUUUUAUACGCCUCCACCCCCCCACCCUUUAUUUUUUUUUAUUUUACCCCCCCCCCCACUUUAAAAAGUAUACUUGCUACUCCUUGGUAAGUAAGAUUAUUGAGAUUGAGCAGGAACAUAGAAGACAAAAACCUAGUGUGGACCACCGAGACAGAUUCUCAAGCUGUCUUUUAAUACCUUCCACCUGCUUGUUGACUGUAUAGUUUUGUGUAAAGUACUUUAAUUUUGUUCCAUUUUUGGAUGUGAUUGAUGAUCUGACUGUGUAUUUGAGCUUGACAUGGGACAUAACACGUGUGUGCUCAUGGCUGUAAAUAAAGCUGUUGUGUGUUUGCCCUUCAAAUCCCUUGGCUUCCAUAUGUUUCAUUUUUGUGAAAUAUAUACUAUUCUAAUAAACUUUAUUAUAAAACC